AUGGAGUUCACUACUUUCAAGAAAGGAAGAUAUGAGUAUGGAUUUAUAGAUAAUGAACUCUACCUUAAAGUAUUUUACCAUGACAUUCAACUUGGUGGGUAUUUUACAAACAAAAACGAAGCGAGGUGGAAUGAUAAGAAAUACAAAUACUCAAUUCUCACAGAAAUCGAUGAUAAGUAUCGUGAUACUGAUGGUCUUUUCCAAUUUUCGAUUGUUUAUCCAGAGUUACGAACUUUCAACGUCUGGAAGCAGAAAAACAAUCCACUGAAUGAACCAAAGGUCAUCAAAAGCGAUCACAAACCUUGCAACGUAACAGGAUAUCAAUAUAUUAAGGUUCUUGCUGAUAGAAAGGAUGAUCUUUGCGUUUGGGGUGGUCUUUGUUUAAGUGAUUCUGAUGCUCUUAUUGAUGGAUGCCAAGGUCUUACGGACUGGUACUUUGCUAUCGGUUACACUGGUGUGAUGUGGGCUAAACAAGUUACGAUACCAUCUAACGGAGUUGGUGUAAAUGUUGUAAGUUUAUGGGUUAGAGCUAGCAAAAAAAUUAUAUAUGAACCAUGUAUUACUAGCUUACCUGUUAUGAUUCAAAACUUGCAAAUAUUUUCUUUUAUUUUUAUUUUCUUGUAUGAAUGA